UGAGCUGUUUCCCUGCCUCGCUGUCCUCUCUCUCAGGAUGGGGGAGUCUCUGCUGCUGGAGCCCAGCUUGGCUCAGACUCUGGCCGUCAGCGCAACUAAAACCUCGAAGCUCUCUCUCUCUACAUCCACCCAGCGCUCCCUUGCCGCCUGGAUCAAAGACAACAUCAGGAAGAAGGAGUGUUGCUUCUACGUCGACGGUGACAGUAAGGGGAUCUGUAAGUGUGGCUACCAGAGGAUCCACCAUGUUGAUGACUCUAUCAAACCUGAGAACUACCUGGGAGAGACAUGGGACAGACACAGACACGUACAUGAGGUCCCUACUGAUGCUUAUGGAGACAUCUGGUUCGGUGGCCUUGGACAGAAGAUUGGCAAGUACGCGCGUGUCUCCGCAGACACUUCUCCAGACCUGCUGUACCAGCUGCUGACAGAACAGUGGAAGCUCCCUCCUCCCAACCUGUUCAUCUCUGUCACCGGAGGGGCCAAGAACUUCUACAUGAAACCUCACCUCACAGCACUGUUCCGCAGGGGCCUCAUUAAAGUGGCACAGACUACAGGUGCCUGGAUCAUUACAGGUGGCACCCAUGCAGGUGUGAUGAAGCAUGUAGGCCAGGCGGUGAGGGAAUACGUCCUCAGUAGUGGCUCUAUGGAGGGGCAAAUCGUGGCCAUUGGAGUGGCGACCUGGGGAGCCAUACACAACAGGAGACCCCUGGUACACCUUGAGGGCCGGUUCCCAGCCCACUACUCUCUGGACAUGCAGUCUCAGGGUCACCUCUCCUGUCUGGACAACAACCACUCCCACUUCCUGCUGGUGGAUGAUGGAACACACGGAUGCUACGGAGUCGAGAUAGAACUACGCUCCCGACUAGAGAGACUAAUCUCCCAGCAGCCUCUGGGAAACAGAGAGAGUGGAGUGAGGAUCCCAGUAGUGUGUGUGGUGCUGAAUGGGGGACCAGGCACUCUCAGUACCAUCUACGGUGCCAUGCUGAACAGGACCCCCUGUGUCAUCCUGGAAGGGUCAGGGAGACUUGCGGACGUCGUCGCCCAUGUGGCUGGUCUCCCCGUUACCAAGGUUACCCUGUCUGUCAUCCACCAGUUAAUGAAACGGUUCUUCGGUCCGGAGUAUGACUCCUUCACAGAGCUCAAGAUCAUAGAAUGGACCAAGAAGAUUCAGGACAUCAUCAGGAUGCCUCAGCUACUGACAGUGUUCCGUAUGAGUGAAGACAACCACGGUGAUGUUGAUGUGGCCAUUCUCCAGGCGCUGCUCAAAGCCAACAGGAGCAGUGAGUCUGUUGGGAUGGAGCGCUGGGAGAGACAACUGGAGCUAGCCGUAGCCUGGAACAGAGUGGACAUCGCUAAGACUGACAUCUUCACUGAGGAUAGCCAGUGGAAGUCCAGUGACCUGCAUCAGGCCAUGUUCUCAGCCCUUCUGGGCCACAAGCCGCAAUUUGUCCGGCUGCUCCUGGAGAACGGAGUGUGUCUGAGAGAGUUCCUGGGGGACCAGACCACUCUGUGUGACCUCUACACCCAGCUGCCCACUUCCUGCUUCUUCCUACGCCGCCUAGCCAAGCGCAUCCAGACCGAGAAGAGUCGACGUAGUCAGACCCUGAGUUCUCGGGGUGCUGCAGGGAGGACCAUCUCUCUCACUCACGUCUCGGAUGAGAUACGCCACCUACUGGGCAGUUUCACCCAGCCCCUCUACCCCCUGCCUGGCCUGCACUCCACCAGGUACCCAAAGGAGCCCAAGGAGGAUGUCGCUGUCACACUGCCACCUAAAGAGCAGCUGGAGCUCCAGGCCUCGCCAGACCCAGACAGAGGACCAGGGAGAGAUUCAGAAAGGGGAGAGGAGACUUUCAGAGACCCAGGCGGAGACCUUUUCCUCUGGGCCAUCCUGCAGAACCAGAAAGAGCUGGCUGAGAUCGCCUGGGAGCAGUCCCGGGACUGUACGUCAGCAGCUCUGGCCGCUAGUAAGAUCCUGAAGAAGCUGGCUGAGGAAGGAGCGGAAGAGGAGGAUGAGGCGGAGGAGAUGAGAGAACUGGCCAAACACUAUGAGAGACACGCCAUUGGUGUGUUCAAUGAGUGCCACUGCUGUGAUGAGGAGCGUGCCCAGAGGCUGCUAAUCCGGAUCUCUUCAUCCUGGGGUCAAACCACUUGUCUGAGGCUGGCUCUGGAGGCUGAUGACAAGAGCUUUGUUGCUCACUCUGGGGUUCAGGCUCUCCUGACCCAGAUCUGGUGUGGGGAGCUGGCGGCGGACAAUCCUCUGUGGAGGGUGCUGCUAUGUAUGCUGUUCUUCCCUCUCAUUUACACUGGCUUCCUGGGAUUCAGGCGUGAUGAGUCCAUCCAGAGAGAAGCAGAGAGGAGUGCUGAGCUGCUCACCAUGGAGUCAUUAACAGGAAGCCAGGCCUGCACCAGGAGGAAGUAUCCUGUACAUGACCUCCCUGCCAGGAACCCUCUGGGUCUGAAGCCGUUGACAGUCUCCACCCGGCUGGUCAGCCUCUUCACCUCUCCCUACCCCAUACAGGUGAAGUUCUACUGGAACAUCUUGUCCUACUUCAGCUUCCUGCUGCUGUUUUCUGUGGUGCUGAUGAUCGACUUCCAGACCACGCCCUCCUGGAGGGAGGGGCUUCUCUAUGUCUGGCUCAUCUCAUUGGUCUGUGAGGAGGUCCGACAGCUGUUCCAUGACCCAGAUGGGUUUGGGUUCCGUAAGAAGGCUGAUAUGUACAUUAAUGACAUGUGGAACAUUCUAGACUUUCUGUCCAUACUGCUCUUCAUCAUCGGCCUGGCCUUCAGACUGACCACCAGGUUGUUCUAUGCAGGGAAGGUCAUCCUGUGUAUCGACUUCAUCAUCUUCUGUCUUCGUCUCAUGGCCAUAUUCAUCAUCAGUAAAACUCUGGGCCCCAAGAUCAUCAUCGUUAGGAGAAUGAUGUUGGACAUGUUCUUCUUCAUGUUCCUGCUGAGUAUCUGGGUGGUAGCAUACGGCGUUGCUAAGCAGGGCAUCCUCAUCCACAACGAGGACAGACUGGACUGGAUCGUCCGGGGCGUCAUCUACGAACCAUACCUUAUCAUCUUCGGGAAUAUGCCCUCUAACAUCGACAAUGCCCUGUUUGACAUCAAGGCCUGCAGUGUAAAUGGUACAGAGUCUCAAAAGCCUAAAUGCCCUAUUCUUAACGAGGACAAGAUGCCUGCCUUCCCUGAGUGGCUGACUAUAAUCCUACUGUGUGUCUACCUGCUGUUUGCCAACAUACUGCUGCUCAACCUGCUCAUAGCAAUCUUCAACUAUACUUUCCAGGAGGUUCAGGAUAACACAGACACCAUUUGGAAAUUCCAGCGGUAUGAACUGAUCAAGGAGUACCACAGCCGACCCGCUGCCCCCCCUCCACUCAUCCUCCUCUCCCACAUCUUCCUCUUCAUCAGACGCAUAGUGCUGCAGAGACCCCCCAAUAGUUACAGAGCCUUCAAGGAGAGGCUGCCUGAGGUGGAGGAGGAAGAGUUAUUGUCGUGGGAAUCCUUCAUGAAGGAUAACUACCUUCUCUCCUGCAGACAGCAGCAGAGCCAGAGCAUGGAGCAACGUACCACAGACACCGCUGACAAGGUUUGCACCAUAACAGAGCUGCUACAGAGGGAGGAGGCCACAGGGUCGGUUGCUUUAGUGAAGAGAUUGACCAGACUAGAGGAGCAGGUCUCCCAGUCAGCCAGAGCUCUCCAGUGGAUCAUGGACACCCUCAAAGCUCAGGGUCUACACUCUAAAGAGGAGGCUCCACAGCUGGCCUCACCUGGUAAACUGAAGAGGUCUGAAAGUGAACCCAAUGAACCCCAUAGACAGGAGAAGACAGAGAGAGAGAAGACGUUUUACCAUGUCAACGCCCGGCGUCUGGACUACCCUGACAGUACCGUCCCUCGCUUCCCUGUUCUCGAGGAGAAGGUGCCCUGGGAGGUUGACUUCAUCCUUUACAAUCCUCCUGUUCUGAAUGGAGACAGCCAGGAUCAGACAGAUGGAUCAGAACCUGAUUCUGUAAAGCGUUACAGAAACCCAGGAGGCAGGACAGGCAUGAAAGGAAGAGGAGCACUGACCUGUCUGGGUCCAAACCUGAUCCUGGACCCUGUCCUCACAAGGUGGAGAGACAGUGAGAGAUCUGCUCUGGAGUUCCUGGCGGUCUGGGACCAGGAGGAUGGGCUCUGGACACUACCUGGGGGUCCUGUCCAAUCAGACGAGCCCCUGCCAGACAGAUUACUGAGGAUUAUGGGACAGAAGAUCUAUGACAGGAUAAAAACUAAGGUGGUAGAGGUAACCAAGGUCCAUGAGGGCUACGUAGACGACGUCAGGAACACAGACGAUGCCUGGGUAGAAACUACAGUCCUGAACAUCCAUCUAGACAGGAGAAGUCUACUGAUGGCUGAUAUCAACCGCAUGGCUGAGAAUACCGUGGGCUGUGUGGAGCUGGUCCGGUGGACGGAGGUGAGCAGCAGGACCAGGAUGUGUUCUUACCAGAGAGAUGCUCUGAGACGGGUGGCCGAGCUGCACCAGAGGACCUUCUAACUUCACAAGAGGACCUUCCAGCUGCACCAGAGGACCUUCUAGCUGCACCAGAGGACCUUUUAGCUAGCAAGAGGACCCACAAUGUACUGUUUAGGGUACUGUUGAGAUACACUGCACUGUUUAGAGUAGUGUUGAGAUACACUGUACUGGUUAGAGCACUGUUGAGAUAUACUGUACUGUUUAGAGUACUGUUGAGUUAUACUAAUGUAUGAGACAUGUAGGAGGACUAUAUAUAAAUCACAUUUUAUUGGUCACAUACACGUGUUUAGCAGAUGUUACUGCGGAUGUAGCAAACUGUUUGUAAAUAUGUCUUCCUUCACUGUGAGAUACUAUAUGUAUAUAUUUGAUAGGCCUUAAUAGUAUAUAUACCGUAAUGUAGUGUAUACUGUUUAAUGGAAGUUCAGAUUAAAAGAGGACAGAAUGUUGUGGUAGAUUAUUUUCCUGUAUUACCAAAUGAGGAGAGUUACAAACCACACACCAGUCAGAGUUAUACUUAAAUUUCACCUUUAAUUAUACUUAUUAAGCUUUUGCAAUAGCUUUUGACUUUCAACGAUUCUCUAAUGAAAACGUUGAGAGUGUCAACAUAAUGGCAACUGAGAUCUUUUAUAGCAAAGAUCAACCCCUCUCAAUUUACAUGACACACCAUGUGUGGCUUUUUACUUUAGAAAGGAGUAUCCCAUAGCCAGAUAGCAUUAGCUAUAAAUUAUUGUUCAGUUUGUUCUCUAAGACGAGGUUCUAAUCUCGUUCCUGCUACUUCAUAGUACAAAAACACCAACUCAUCCAAUGGCAUAUAUCAAUUGUCAACUCUAGAUACUCCCAUCUCAAGA